CACGUCUGCAGCUAGCACCUAACACUGGUGGACGUUCAGAAGUGAAUUGGUCAGGGAGUGAGUUAAAAACUGACCAUGGGAGCGGAGUGCUGCAACAAAGACUGCCUCAAGCCAAGUGUGGUUGGCUACGGGGUGGUGGCAUGGCUGUCCAGUGGCGCUGCCCUGGGUGUGGGGAUCUGGAUGCUGGUGGAGAAGAGUACCUACAUCUCCCUGCUGGACAGUCUGUUCUACCCCGUCACUAUCUACACUCUCAUAGCGGCGGGAACAUUCGGAUUUAUCUUCGCCGUGUUUGGGUGCGCAGGCGCCAUGACGGACUCCAGAUGCAUGUUGGCCUUGUUCUGGAUCACGAGUUUCGUGGCGUUUGCGGCUCUUGGAUCGACAGGAUUCCUCGCCCUCUACUACCACGAUGUUGAGCUUCGGAGGGACAUAAACAUCACAAAUGCACUGAACGACACCGAUAUGAAAGAGACCAUUGACAGGCUGCAGACAGAGUUUGCGUGCUGUGGUGAGCGCGGUCCCUUGGACUAUAUUACCGUUCCACCUUCGUGUUGUCCUGGGAAGGACUGUGACACAGCUCAGCCUUAUGAAAAGGGAUGUGAGAAGCCUCUGGAAGCCUGGGUACGAGAGAACGUCUUCCGUGCUGGAUGGAUCGCCCUGGGACUGAGUCUGGUGCAGGUGCUGGGACUGAUCCUGACGUGCUGCCAGUACAAGGCUCUUCACGACUGGAACAAGAAGGUGGACUGAAGCCGUCUGCUUCUACUGGGGUCCCGGCAUCAGGCACAAGAGCAGACGUCCAUGUCUGUUACUAACAACCUAGACGUCCAUGUCUGUUGUUGGAACACUUCAUCCUAUUACUAACUAUCGCGGGAUUCAACAGAACUCUUUCAACGUUUUCUCUCAUGACAUAUUCCAUUGCAUUUGGAUGCAAUUUCUAGAUCUAGACGGACAAGUUUUGAAGAGUCGACCGUUAGGGUUGUUAGAACAAAAGUACAGAUGUGUCUUCCUUCUUUAAGCUACUUUAAUUAAGCAUGGACCGUUUAACAGUAGUCACAAAAGGAUUGGAAAUACAAAGCUAAGAAAUCUUUCUGUUUGUUUCACAGACACAUAGGUCACCAUUUCUUUUAUGACACAAUAUGAUUCCUUUAUACACUGAUAA